GCCGCCGUAGCGUCCGCAGUUGCCGUGGAAACGGGAAAGCAUGGAGAUCACCGGGAGCGAAUACCGGGGAGACGAGAAGAACGGGCGGAUGGAGGGCGAGGGCUGCUACACGUUCUGCACAGGGUCGCGCUAUGAAGGCACGCUGAAGGAUGGUCUCCCCCAUGGGCAGGGCACCAUGCACUUUCCUGGACGGGGAAAGUAUCAGGCCACCUGGGAGAAUGGGCGAGUGGUCGAGGGGACAUACAUAUUUGCAGAUGGUUUGGUGUACGCAGAAGACGGCUGGUCGUACUGCACUGGAGACGAUCGCCGCUUCUACACAGAGAUCUGCAAUGGCCUCAAACCAGCUGGUCGUUCACAGCUGACAAACAUCGACCCCCCGAGGGAGAUCCCGCCGGGCUGCUACGACUGCGGCGACGGUUUCUAUGAUCCGGGGACCCGUGUGGUGUCCGACUACAAUCACGAGUUCCUCCGCAACGCAGACGACGAUGAGCACGACUGGAUUGUGCGGAACUGCCGGAAGGGUUGGGAUGAGAACGUGGGAGUGCGCAUCGUAGAUGAGCAGUAGCUUGCGGUCGAGCACGUGUGCAGUCCGCUUGGCGUCUCUCGGGACAUCUCGCCGCCGACAAACGACGUGGCUGGAUCGAAGAGGUUAUUUCCAACGAUGAUCGUACUUGGAAUAAAGCCCGUGACUACACCACAAACCUUGAACAAGCUACGGCUCCCACAAGCCAGCCAGAAAUCCCAUCAUCUGGAGAGGAAAAAGAACGCAGUGCAAAAUAAAAGUCAAGACAGAGAACCAGAUUCAGAUCUUGACAAAACAGUUCAAACACAUAAGCCCGGUAGACUGGCCUUGUUGUUUAGUGAUUGAAUCGUUGGAGCACUUUUACAAAAGAUCGGUCAGAGAGGAACAUUCGCCAACACGUGAAUCUGGCGCACAUCGUCAAUAUAUCCUAAGAAGUGAAACGUGCUUAAUACACGUGAAAAAAAUCCACAAUAAUUAUCAUUAUUAUAAUAAUUGACUACAUUUGGUAUUCGCACCAUGCUUAUAGUGUAGGGCUUUCACGAAGUUGCCCUGCAUAACAGACAUCGUGUGCAGUAGUUUCACAGUUAGGAGCAGUGUUCCUGUGUGUAAUCCCACUUGAUUGAUUUGCAGGUAAUGUCUUUAGCUCGGCAAAUUUGGACCCAUGACUCCGGCACACAAAAGCCUACUCUUUCCGAAUAAGGUCACAGGAUCUUUGACGCCCACUCUUAAGCAGACGGCACAUGUGCCACGGUUAAUACACCUUCAGUCUGACCCAAGGCCAUCUGCCGCAUUCGAACCACGAACAUCUGAAGCAAGCAACAAACAGGCUACUGCUGGGUUAUGUCACCACCCCGAAGAGACGUAUAAUCCACCUUGUUUCCCUUCAUCGUUCUGUGACAGUUCCCGCGUGUAAAGCAAGUGUGUGUGUGUGUUUUUCUAAUGGGCUUCGGUGUGCGGUUAACUUCAGAACCGGGUGAAUAAAUGGACAAGGCUGAAACCUG